UAAAGUGUCCUUGACCAUAAAUUUGAAUAUCUGAAGCCAUUGCAGUUUUUGCUCUGUAUUGGUCUAGCUCGUGGUUGGGAGAACUGAGGCAAAGCAGCAACACAGACUGAGAGCUGAGGAGGCUGAAUAUGAAGAGAGGCCACAAAUUGAAUGGGCCAUGGAGACUGAGCUGUACCGUCAUACUUACUGCAGUGAUGGUCUCUCCAGAUGAGAACAGAGGCAUGUUGGCAGAAGAAUUUAAUAUAAGUUGCAGAUAUGCAGGCGUUUUCCAUGUUGAGAAAAAUCGUCGCUACAAUCUCACACGAAGUGAGGCAGUCGAACUCUGCAGAGCUCUCAAUAGUACCCUGCCAACAAUGGACCAGAUGAAGAAAGCUCAUGAAUUAGGAUUUGAAACUUGCAGGUAUGGUUACAUAGAAGACAGAAUUGUAAUCCCACGAAUCAAGCCAUAUUAUCUUUGUGCAGCAAAUAACACUGGAAUUUAUGUACUCACUUCAAAUAUAACAGACCGGUAUGAUACAUAUUGUUAUAACGCAUCAGAAACCAGGGAUAUGGUAUGUGAACCAAUCAUAAAACUAAAUGAUUCUUGGCAUGAUAAUCAAAGCCGAAUAGUCAUAGAUAAUGCGGAUGGCUCACGUUACACUAAUGGUGUGAAACACCCCGAACCAACUCCAGUUACAGAUGAUAAUCAUGUGGGUAGUGGUUCAACAUAUGACGGAGAUACAACAAACCCCACCAGCAUCAGAAUUCAUACACCUGGUGCCCCAUAUUAUGAAGAUACAACCCCAGAUGCACUCUCAACAGAUUAUUCUUCUGUGUCGGACAGAAAGGAAUAUCAUUCCACAAGUACCAAUGAUAUUGCAAUAUCUUUCGAUGACAAGCGGGGUGAAGAUUCAACUAUGAUUUCACUGAUAACUGAUGGUGUUCCUGGAAAAAACAGUGAUCAUCCUAGCAAAGGACAGCAUCCCACAAGUACUAAUCUCAGCUCACAUGAUGAUGGUGCAGAUGGUGAAGACUCAACACAGGAUCCCUUAAUACCGGUAAUUUCCCUCGGAGGGGACAACAGUGAUGACAAGGAACAGCACCCUCCAAGUAGCACUGUGAACCCGCAUCAUGGUGCACAUGAGGAAACCUCCACCCAACACGAGGGGAAUCCGUCCCCUGACAUUUGGUGGUGGUCCAAUACAGAUCACAAGGAGCAGCAUCCAACCACAGCAACUAAGGAUGAGGAUUCACAAGAAAAUGAAACAGAUGAUGAAGAUUCACUGCAAGAUCCAUUACACUCUGGAUGGGACACAAAUGAUGACACGGAACAGCACCCUCCAGUUACCAAUAAGGAUGUGGAUUCCCAUGGUGAUCCCAAGCGUAUAGAAUCAACCGAAGAGCCUUUGUUGCGUAAUGUUUCUCUUGGAGGGGACAAAGAUGAGGACAAGUAUCCCACAAACGCUACUGUGGAUAGUGUGAAGCCUGAACUUUUCCCUGAAAAGGAAAGAGAUCAUUCUUCUUCAAGUGUGACGGUGAAUAAUGAAAUAGGACGCAACACAUAUACUCCUACAGCAGUUGUGGUCUCCAAUGAAGGUGCCAAAAAUGAAGAUUCAACCCAAGAUCCUUUCUUGCAUAAUGUUUAUCUUGGAGGGGACAAAGAUGAGGACAAAUAUGCCACAAACACUAAUGUGGAUAGUGUGAAGCCUGAACUUUUCCCUGAAAAGGAAAGAGAUCAUUCUUCUUCAAGUGUGACGGUGAAUAAUGAAAUAGGACGCAACACAUAUACUUCUACAGCAGUUGUUGUCUCCAAUGAAGGUGCCAAAAAUGAAGGUGCAACCCAAGAUCCUUUCUUGCAUAAUGUUUAUCUUGGAGGGGACAAAGAUGAGGACAAAUAUGCCACAAACACUACUAUGGAUAGUGUGAAGCCUGAACUUUUCUCUGCAAAGGAAAGUGAUCAUUCUUCUUCAAGUGUGACGGUGAAUAAUGAAAUAGGACGCAACACAUAUACUUCUACAGCAGUUGUGGUCUCCAAUGAAGGUGCCAAAAAUGAAGAUGCAACCCAAGAUCCUUUCUUGCAUAAUGUUUAUCUUGGAGGGGACAAAGAUGAGGACAAAUAUGCCACAAACACUACUAUGGAUAGUGUGAAGCCUGAACUUUUCUCUGCAAAGGAAAGUGAUCAUUCUUCUUCAAGUGUGACGGUGAAUAAUGAAAUAGGACGCAACACAUAUACUUCUACAGCUAUGGUCUCCAAUGGCGGGACCAAACAUGAAGACUCAACCCAAGAUCCACUACUGCGUACUGUUCAUCCUGGUUGGGGCAAUGCAGACAAGUAUCCCACGAAUGUUACUAGGGAUGAUGUACUGCAUGGAAUUAUUCCUGCAAGUGAAAAUGAUCAGGAAAAGGAAUCUUCUCAUACAGCUGUGGUCUCCAGUGAUGGUGCCACACAUAAAGGCUCAACCCAAGAUCCAUUGUUGCACGGUGCUCAUCCUGGCUGGGGCAAUGAAGACAAGUAUCUCAUAGCUACCUCUAGGGAUGAUGUGCUACCUGGAAUUAUUCCUCCAAGUGAAACUGAGCAUAAAAAUGAAUCUUCUCAUACAGCAGUGGUCUCCAAUGAUGGUAUCAAACAUGAAGACUCAACUAAAGAUCCACUGGCACCGAGCAUUCAACCUGGAGGGGAUAAUGAAGACAAAUAUCCCACAAACAAUCCCAUUGAUAAUUUGAUACCUGGAGUUUUUUCUGACAUUGAAAGUGGACAUGGCAGAGGACCAGCUUCUACAGCCACCAGUUCUAUACCUAACAAACAUGGUGGCAGAAGAGCAAAUCCAUCUGGACAGGUCACAUCACCAAAAAUAGCUUCACAGCCGAGAUCAGCCCAAAUACCAGAAUGGUUGAUCAUAGUGGCUUCUCUUCUGGCACUGACAUUGAUUCUGGCAGUCUGCAUUGCUGUCAACAGUCGGAGAAGAUGUGGGCAGAAGAAAAAGCUAGUGAUUAACAAUGGCAAAGGGUCAGUGUCAGACAAGAAGAUGGGUGGACUGAAUGGAGAAGCCAGCAAAUCUCAAGAAAUGGUGCACUUGGUACAUAAAGAACAGUCAGAUAAUCGAACAGGACCAUGUGAUGAAUUCCUGACCACAGAUGAAACACAAAAUCAGCAAGAAGCUAACAUGAAGACUGGGAUGUAGUAGUGUUGGGCCACCUUGUAGAUCGAGAGUUGGGAAAAUCAAAAUCACAUGGAACUGGGCCUGGAACUCACAGAUGCAAUGUGCUACUGAUGUCUUUUGAGCAUAAUUAAGCGUACAUUUUAUUCUUCUUUUUAAUAUUUUUAAAAGUCAGGUCCAAAUUUUUAAAAAUUGGCAUUGCUUUCUGAUAUAAGCACGUAAGACUUGCAUAAAUUUGGCAGUUCCCAUUUCCUACCUGGAAGACACUUACAUGUAAGGAGGGAUGCUAAUUGAAAUCAUAUUUUCUCCAGUUGCAGCACCUUCACUAAGUGGAAAUACAGAAAUAUCUAGUCACUUCAUCUCAAAGACAUUUAUGGUAAUAAAUGUCUAGAGAAAAAUAGAGUUAAAGAAAAAAAGGGCUUUGGUAGAGUCUGUAUUACACCAGAAUCUUUUAAAAUCACCUUCCAGCCCUGAGGAGUUUGUCAGGUGCAUUCAGGAUCUGCAGGUAUAGGCAAACUGUGACAGUUUAGAAUGAUUACAACUAGGACUACAAUGAGAGAACCCCAAAAGGACAAAACUAUUUAUCUCUAUUUUUUUUAAACGCCCAUGGAUAUAUAAUGCCAAUAAUUUUUAUUGGGGCGAGUGGGAAAAGACACGAAAACUUGAGCUGAUACAUAAUAAAUGUCUGUUCUUUAUUAUCUUAACAAUCUGUGCAGUUACCCUUCAGUUUCAAAACUGUCUGUUGCUGUUCCCCCAUCAAUCAUAUUUUGAGUAUGUUCCCUAGCGAACCUUGUUAUUUAAGUUGACAAAUAAAUGCAGUGACCACAACUCAAACACAUAUUUCAAAACCUAAAAGUAGGAAAUGAUCAAAAAGAUGGCAAUAUUUUGUUUCUUGCAGAAUAGGGCUCUAUCUAUCCCUGCUCUCAGAUAUUAUCAUAAGAUGUGAGGUUAGCACAACCUGUUUUUCCCAAUAAUUAUUGCAUGUUACAUUAUCUUGCUGAUAUUUUAACUGUCUAAUUAAAAUUAUGUGAUGUUCUCUUUUGGAUUCCAUUUCAUCCAUCUUUUCGUUUAAACUCUGCUUAUUAAAAAUGCCAAGAGAAAUAUUGUUUACUUGUUGAAACAAGAAGUUGGAAAACUAUAUAAAGAUCAAAGAAAAUGAAAGAAAACUAUUCAAACAACAUAAAAUAGCUGCAGCUGCAUUGCCUCAUGUUUCCGUCUCCUUUGUACAGUAUUUAUGUAAAGUAUUUGUGUAAACUAAGAUGGCGUGCAGUAAGGUACACUGAAUUGAUUGUGCAUAUUAUCAGCAAGAAAUCGAAUUACCAGCAAUAGUCUAUCUAACUUCACUUCAAGGAAAAAUCUAAGUAAAAACAAUUCAUUAUGUAACUAUAAUCAAUGAGGACCCUAUGCACCAGGGGAUGGGAAUUGUUAAAUGGUUAGUCAGUUAAGCAAAAUAGUCCCAUUCACUGAGCAUGGAUCCUUAAUGAACUGAGACGAGCCCACUAAAAUCAUUUAUUUUAAUUUCAUUUUUAAAGAAACGUAAGCAAUUUAAAAUUUCAGCUAGAAUUGUCUAAUAUUGUGCUUUAUUCGUACCACUAUGCAUGAGAUUGCUGAGGUUGUGUUUCUCAAAGUAGAUCUUUAGCAGCUCACCAUAAGUGUUUGUUUAAUGACAUAUUGUAACAUGGUAAGAUUUCUCAGGCAGAUUGCCAUAGGUGAAAUUGUGCAAGAGGGCCAGCAAAGCAUGACUCAUUUUGACUGCUUAAGUGGCAUAUGUGCUGGCCCACUGAACAGGGAUGUUUCACACAUAGAAAGUCACACGUUCGUGGGCUGUAUAUGAUCAUACGCUUUGAAGUCAAUGGAGUUAUACCUGUUUACAUCAUCAGUAAAUAUGGUCCAAUGUCAACAUUCUCAUCCUGUAAUGAACAUACAUAACUCAGUUAUGCUGUGGGAGAUUUGUUUCCUUCAGGCAUUUUUCAUUCCUGAAGUAGUUUUUGACAGUGUUUUCCAUCAGCCAUUGUAAAUCAGAAUGGUCAGUCUCCUGAAGGAUGCAUUUAAAUGGGCACUGUGCAUAAAAUUUGAUCAAAGCAGAGGUUCAGAACAAGGCCUCUUCACCUCUUGAGUCCUAGCUGAACAUAGGGGGUCUCUGAAAAGACCUCUUUAAGUACAGGCUUUGGCAUGUUACACAUUAGAAUUCUUACUCUAAACAGGAGUAUACGUAUUCAGAUAUUUAAUGGGGAAAUUUGCCAUCUCCUUCCCAGAUUACUCAAUUUCAGUAUCUAGUAUGGCAAGGACAUCAUGAUUUGACUUCUUUGGAGGGGGUUUUUUGUUUUUUGUUUUUUUUUUUUUGAUAGGGUGGCAUGCAAUUUCCCUUACAGAAGCAGUGCCAUUAUUUUAUAUAUGCAAAAGUGAUUCAUAUUAGAUGUCAUGUGUCACGUGUAAUUAAUUUGUAUUAUAGUUUCAUGCAUAUAACAAUUGUUUGUACUGAGGUGAGGUUUUAUUGUUUGGGGACUUUUUUUGUUUACUACAGAGCACCCUCGGUAUAUUUGUAUAUUUAUUAACAGAUUAAUUAGAAGGAAGAAAGAAUCAUCUCUAAAUUGUAAUCAGAAACAUGGGGGGAAAAGUAAAUUGAGCUUCCAAAAAUAAAUUUGAUUCUAAAUUAAGGGAAAAGAUAAGAUUGGUAUUAUUAUUAACUAGGGGUUUUUUUUGUUUUUUUUGCUUUGUCCCAAUGAGCCACAAGUCUAUUUACCUGGUUGUAAAUGCUAGGCUACACCCAGCUGUACUCUUGCAUGCUUUACUAACAUUAUGUGUGGGGUUUCCAAGCAUUCAUUCAUCUGGGGGAAAAAAGUCAGCUUGCCAGUUUGAAAUGGGUGGUUUGGCUUCUCUAGAAAUUAGAUGAUGAGUCUAAUUCUCAUCUUACCUAGAGCUGAAUCCUGUAAGAUGCUGACCUCCCAUUGAAGUCAGUGGCAAUUGAGGGGGCUUAGCACCUAAUGGAAUCAAGCCCUUACAUCUUUGUCACACCAGUGAAAUUCAACUAACUUAGACAGAUUUGGUGUGUGCAUGGGCCUGAUAUUUUUUGCUGGCACUACUUAAUUUUCCAGUGGGGCAGGUUUAACUCAGAAAAAGCAAGGGUAGGGCAGCCUUGUAAGCAGCAUAUGGUGUUAAAUUACCUCAGACAAUGCUGAAUAUAAGAAAUAUAGCCAAUACUUGAAUUUCAUGGAAAUAUCUAAAACACCGAGUGUAUUAAGAGUGAGAGGUGGCUGUAAUCUCUCUCUUUCUGAUCAAUGACUUCACCCAUGUUUUCCAGAUGAUUUAUAAAGAACGGUUUAUUGAAGCAGAGAAGUGAGAAGGGUUACAUUAUGUUAAAAAGCUUUAUGGCAAGGGAGUGUUUUAAAUAUUUUCCACAAAGUCAGUGGCAAUUGGAAUUCCAGUAUGAUAUUUCUAUGGUUUUUCUGGCAUCUCAGGGAUGUUUUGUGUGUGUAAUUUGACAGUAACACGAACCUACCCCUGUAUUAAGUAGUUUGGAAGGAUUUAGCAUGCUGAUGGAGACUUCCAAGGAGAUCAUUACCAGGGCCCUGAUUACUACAGAGUAAUGGAGCUGUGCAGAGACAGAGUCUUGCCCCUUGGUUAGGGGAGUGCCUAAUUAGCCUUUCUAUGGCUUCAGGAAAGUAACUAUUUCCCUCUCAGAAUUAGCUGUGGGACCCAGGAGACUUAGGGCUUACUGGAGAUCAACGCUGUGGUGUUCGUAGUGAAGACCCGUUAAAUUGACCGCAGAUUGCUCUCCCAUUGAUGCCAGUACUCCAUCGGAAGAAGAAGAGUAAGGGGCUCUCCCGUCGACAUAGCGUAGUGUGGACCCAGCAGUAUCUAAGCUAUGUCAACUUGAGUUACACUACUAACAUAACUCAAAUUGCAUAGCUUAGAUCGUCUUUCCCCUGUAGUGUAGACAGCCUCAAAGAACUUAAUUGAGCCAGCAGUUGUGGGGACUAUUUUGACUUAAAUUGGUUUCUUGGAGGAAGUUAUUCAAUAUUGCAGCCAAAAGCUUUUACUUCAUCUUAGUAAGCUACUAAUGGCUCCUACUACUCUAGUUGAAGGCGAUUAGAUUGAAUUAAAUUUGAUACUUUAUAUUUAGAUAAAUAUAGACACAGGAAUAGAUCUGGAUACUGAUUAGCUUUCUGAUGUAGGGAAGAUGUUGAAACCUGAAGUUGCCCGGGGUGAAAUCAUACCUCCAUUGAAGUCAGUGACAAGUCUCCCAUUCACUUUAAUGGAGUAAGGUGUUUUGGGGAACAGAGCUUAACGUGAUUAAGAUGGGAGAGAGAAUGCUUUAGGCAGCAAGAAGUUUGUGAGAGAGUUAAGAGAAGCGGUGCAGUGAGAGUGAAAUCUCUGUGUUACUCACUAGGAAAGUCCCUUCCCCAUAACUGGUACUUAGCAUUUGAUAUUUGAACAUGCUGUAAUUCUAGGCAAAAAAAACUGAACUGAUCUUUCCCAAUGAGCUUUCCUCCCCCUGUUUGUAAGCUGAAUGUGAAAUCUCUCCCACUCACAGCUCAUCUAGUUACUACUAUGCCAGGUGGCAAGUAGGACAUACCCAGUACACGUCUGCUGUUAAGAACAACUGCUUUCCCUACUGAAAGUAAAGAAAACCAGAGUGUGAAUUUGGCAAAGACGAAUAAUGAUGCCCAUUAAAUAUGGUUCAGAUUAUACUUUUGUCUUCAUUAUCUCUAUUUAAAGCUAUUGUUAAAGAUGUACUUUCCCAGUGCUUAACACAAGGCUUCUGGAACUGUCCUAUUGGCACCUAUUAUUAUGUUUUUAAAGUUUAUGCAGGCUAAGGCAGGUUGUGGUUGUUGGUUUUUCCCUUUUCAUGGAGGAAUUAUGGAGUUUUACCAGUUAACAUGGAAUGAAAAUCCACUUUUGUAUGCAUGUACAUUGCUCACUUUCAAGUCAGCUGUGAAUAUUGAAUAUUUUCCGGUACUGCGAUUUUUGGAAAGUAGUGAUGAUAAAAAGUUGCUGUUUAUCAAAAGUGUCCUCAGUCAGAGGUGGCCUUCUGUCCUCAAGAACGCUGAUUGUUUUUUCAAGGGGAAAGGCAAUUGAAGUCAAUGAAGUUCUACUUUUGCCCUUACAGUCAGUGUGUAUUCCAUGUUGACCUGGAGAAUAUCUAACAGUGGUAUUUGCACUGCUUAAAGGGAAGUCACCAUUUUAUAUUAUAACCUUUUCUCAAAUUUUCUGCGGACAAGUGAAUCCCUUUUAUCUAAUUUUGAACCCACUGGAACAUGGAGGUUUGAAAGUUUGACUUAAACAUCACUGAGUUCUGCUUAGAAAAAAAGGAACAGAGAAGAAAAUCCAAUGAUAAAAUGAAAGUGAAAAAUUUAGGACAUAAGGAACAAAGAGGGGAGUGAAAAAAAUUCUCAUAAAAAGUAGACAUAGUUUUAAUGCCAUAUAUAGGAACCUCAUUGUGCCAGACUAUAUUUUUGGAAAGUUCCUCUAUUACUUUUA